AUGGCGAGGAGAGAUUACGCCUCCGCGCUCGAUCGGGCGAACUCGGCGCUCGAGCGAAAAGUCUCGGUGCGCGUGUGGGGGGACUUCGAGGGGGCGGAGGGGGUGGUGAGAGAGGUGAGUGAUAGACUGCGGGACGUCGCGGUGAAUUUUGAAGUCGUCGUUCCGGGUUCGUCGACGUGCGCUGGGGGGAGGCGGGAACCGUGGAGCGCGACGGCUUUGACGGCUUCAGACGAGUUCGUGGAGGAAUGGAUCGACGAGGAGUCGUGCGGUGGGGCUGAGAAUUCAAGGUAUGACUUUGUGUUGCUCGCGGGCAACGUCUCGAACGCAGAUUUGGUGCUCGGAAGGCACCGCGCCGCGUGGUUGAGAUUUGACUCUAAAAUGCCGGCGACGCGACGCGCGGAUGAACUCGAGGCGAGACUCCGCGCGUUUGUAGCGCACUUCUCAUCCGCAUCGGAGAGGGCGAGUGUGUCACCGUUUCUCACCACCUCGGAUGGCGUCCUACUCGCGUCAUUUAGUUUAGUCAACGCCGAACCGAGGGCAGGAUACGCAUUUACAUGGGACUUUGAACGCGACGUCGAGCAACCGCGGCUCGGAGCGCUUCCGAACGCGUUGCGUCGCGUCAUUGAUUUGCGCAUCGAGUCACAAGUUUUGCGUCAUGCAACGAGUAGAAUCAGACCGACAUGGUCGGCGACGCACGAUGGAUUCGUAGUGAAGUCGGAGCAAUUGCCUUUCUUCAUUGAUCCAGAUUGGCCCAUUGACACCUCCAUCACGUACACGCCAGUGGACGGCCGUCCGUUACAGUUCGUCGUGUAUGUUCCAUCGGCUGCUGAGUGUCCACUGUACUUUCUCGACGAGAAUGGAGAGGCAACCGAGCAAAAUGCGUAUCUGGUCGAAGGUUGGGGUGGAGUUGUCGUCUUCAACCCGCGAGGAUGUGCGGUCGUGCCUGGCGAAAGCGAGAGGCGUUUGAGCGAGGAUGAAAUUUCCAAUGUCGUGAACGCCUUUGUGCGCCAGCUUAGGAUUCAUUUGGGGCUCAGAGAGAGGCCGCAAAACAUUGAUGCCACCGUUUUGCCUCCAAAACUCACGGGAUUCGCGACAUGGGAGGUCGACUCACUCGUGCACACGAGGCUGGUGUCCGACUCAAGCUCAGCGAUUUCGACGUUGAAAUCCCUCGAUGAGGUCAUCUCGAGCAUUGACGACAUCGCCGUGCCAGAGUUCAUCGUGAACGAAAUGUCUAGGUCUUUCGGAGCUCUUGAGCGAGCGACUCGCCUUUCUGAGAUAUCUAGGUACGAUGAGGCUUUGGUGAACGCUCAAGUCGCGCACGCUGCGGCUGAAGCGGCGUUCUUCGAUCCCUUCUCCCUCGGCGGUCUUGAAUCCUUUUCUUUUGAGUCUAAGAUGGCGUCAGUGAUACCAUUGUUACUCCCUUGCGUUUUCCCCUUGCUUUUGCAGAUCAUCCGCGAGGCGCGUCACUUCCAAGUCAGGCGACGAUGCGCGAGUGAAGCGCGUGCGCGAAAGGCGAAAGCGUCAUAG